AUGAAACUCAAGAAGACUCUGAAUACUUUCAACGAUCGCCUUCAGCUUCUACAAAAGCCUGGCUAUGUUGCAAGCUCUUGCGAUUUCAAAUUUGAGCUCAACCCAACCGACCGACUACUGGCAGAUGAUGAAGCCAAAGUCGAAAAGUUACAUGAUGAAGUCAACAUUGCCCGUGUUCUAUUUCAAGGCCAAAUGCAAGCCCAAAUCAUCGCACUGGUCAAACUUGAAAUCGCUUCUGUCCAAAAUUCGAUUCGGAAAUCGGUGGCCAAAAGCAUUGUAGACAUCACAACUACACUUGCUUUGCUCGAUACAACUCUGGAAGAGGGACACAACAGUGAUAUCUUCCAAUUUGUGCUUGAUACCGAUACAGCUGAUCUACCUUCCCUCCUUCAACAUUCCGAAUUUCAGACCAAGCACAAACUCUACGAUCUCAUCCACACUUUUGCCCAGGAACAAGCAACCGCAACCACCCCUACUGAUGCUUACCGUCCUACCGAAGAUCGCACCUAUGCAGUUGACAAUACAUCGCCAACUGUUAUUUCGUUCCUGCAAAUUUUCCAAGCUGUUUUUGUUACCAGCUGGGAUACUUAUCUGAACCAAAUUGCUCUCCUUGAAAACACAAAGAAAGUGAAGGCCUACCUCUCUGCUUCCACUGCUGAAAAAGCGACACAGGAUACAGCAAUGGCACUUGCUGACCUUGAUCUCAAUGACCCUGUCACCGUCAAAAAUGUCAUUGAUAAAAGUGUUGCUGAACGAACUAAACAACUGGAACGAAAACUCCAACAAGUUCAACAAGUGCUUGCAAGAAACUCCAAUCGAGGGGCCAACAAGAAAACUCAGCCUGGCGCCUUGUCAAAAAACAAAAAAGGCUCCUCUCCUCGUUCCAACACUGCCGCAAAAGCCGACGAUGCCAACAACGGUUCCUCAAGUCGCAAUUCAGCCUCCAGAAAGAAAUCAAAGCCGAGAAGAAAACGUUUCAAAAAGACCUCAGGAAGUUAA